UACAAUCCAGCGUCCAGACCCUAGAGUCCAGAGUCCUGUCUGAAUUUUCCAGGUAAUUUUUAUCCUUUCGGUGAAUUGGGUCACUUCAUGACCUGCCCUCGGAUUAAUAGCUAUUAAUGUCUCAACAAAAUCAAAUCCUUCCCGGUCUCGUACAACGAGGCUUCGUUGGAGCUUCUCACUAUGAGAAUACACGGCAAGAUUAUCCUGUGGAGGCCGUGGAGUUCUUUUUGAAUAAUCUUGCAGUGAAUGAGAUCGUAACCCGGGAUCGCCCUUUCGCCAUUUUGGAAGUCGGCUGUGGCACGGGAAAGUUCACUCGGGUGAUGUUAAAAAUAUUAGAGCUAAAAGAGGUCAAAGAUAUCAAAGUGAUUGCCAGCGAACCACAUCAGAACAUGUACGAGGAAUUUAAAGUGGUUAUGCCUGAUACUGAAAUUAUCCAAUGCUCUGCCGAGAAAAUACCCCUCCCUGACGCAAGUGUGGACGUGGUUAUUGCGGCCCAAAGUUUUCACUGGUUUGCAAACCGCGCAGCUGUUGAGGAGAUUCACAGAGUUCUUGCUCCAAGUGGAUCCUUUGGAAUGAUUUGGUCAAUCGAAGACACUUCUGUUCCGUGGGUGAAAGAUCUGUACGAAUUUAUGUGGCCCAUUAUUGAGCAAAAAUCCAUAGUUUUUCCUUACCAAGAAAGUUGGAAAACUCUUUUUGGCGGACUCUGCCAGCAGUUAUUUCGCGCUCCAAAAGAAAAUCUAAGCUUUAGGCAUCGUUUCCCUUUCUCUGUUGAAAAGGCGUACGAGUUUUUCUCUUCGUAUUCUGUAAUAGCUGGCGGUAGCGAACAAACUAAGAAAGCUUUCAAAAAGAGUUUUGAUAAUGCUAUGGAAAAACAUUUCAAAGGAAAUGGAAUUCCUUUGCAUCAUAUUUCCUUUCAAAUCUAUAUGUACUGGUGUACUAAGACAACUUCAAAUUAGUGGAGGUUACGCACUACGGGUUUGCUGUGGCUUUGUGCGGGUUUCUAUUUGACAUUUUCAUUCGAUUACUCGGGGAAAUCUUCGCUGACGUCAUGGUUUGCUUUCUUCCUUGUUAGCAUUUGACUUUACAUAGAGAAGACGCACUGCUAGCUAAAUACGAAUUGAUUCCAGACAUUGAAAGAGCUUGUAAAAGCUUAUGUUUAACUAUUUGGGUGUAGUAUUGCAAGGGAUAUUGACUUUCAAAAACGGUAAAAUUUCUGGGUUGCAAAAACGCAAACGAGUGUUAACAUCCUAGUUUAAUCCUGCCUACAUUAUUUACACUAUAAUUUACCGAAUUUCAUUUUGAUUAUUUGUAACAUUUUCGCUAUGUAUAAUUAACUGUUUUACAGGAGUUAAGUGUAAACUGUUUCCAGGCUUUUGUGUUGCUGAAAUUAAAGGUGAGUAAAUAGU